AUAUAAAAGCGUGAGCCACACUGCACUACCCUACUCAUAAUCUUCUGGCUAGAACCUCGUCACUUCUCUCUCGCCGGAAAAUAUCAAGCAUAAGCCAGCAACUACGCCGUCAUGGCCGCCGCUAUGAAUUUCUCAUCUCUCAGGUUCGAUUCGAAAACCGUUUUUUCCGGGCCCAACGACCUCGGCCGGUCCCAACUUCACUCUCAAAUUUUCCUCCACAACAAGCAGCAGUUGCAGAGGAAUUUUAUUGAUUUCAAGAAGUUCUUCGUUGUUUGCGCUUCCACGAACACCGGUUCUGCUGUUAUACAGGAGAAGGGAGUGAGCGAUUCUGACUCGGGACUGAGUCGAAUCGAGUCACUGAGUCAGGUAUCCGGCGUGCUGGGCUGCCAGUGGGGUGAUGAAGGCAAAGGAAAGCUCGUAGAUAUCCUCGCUAAGCACUUCGACAUCGUCGCUCGGUGUCAGGGUGGAGCUAAUGCUGGGCACACUAUUUAUAAUUCAGAGGGCCAAAAGUUUGCACUUCACCUAGUUCCUUCUGGAAUUCUGAACGAGGGAACUGUCUGUGUAAUUGGUAAUGGAGUAGUGGUCCAUCUGCCUGGACUCUUUAAAGAAAUUGACAGUCUUGAAUCUAAUGGUGUCUCUUGCAAAGGAAGGAUAUUGGUAUCUGAUCGCGCUCACUUGUUAUUUGAUUUUCAUCAAGAAGUUGAUGGGCUUAGAGAAGCUGAACUUGCUAAAUCUUUCAUUGGUACUACUAGAAGAGGCAUUGGACCUUGCUAUUCAAGCAAGGUUAUCAGGAAUGGCAUAAGAGUAAGUGACUUGAGGCAUAUGGAUACUUUCCCUCAGAAGCUUGAUCUUUUAUUGUCAGAUGCAGCUUCAAGAUUCCAAGGUUUUGACUAUGGCCCUGACAUGCUCAGGCAAGAAGUUGAACUGUACAAGAGAUUUGCUGAGAGGUUGGAACCCUAUAUUACUGACACCGUACAUUUCAUGAAUGAUGCUAUCUCUCAAAAAAAGAAGAUAUUAGUGGAAGGUGGUCAGGCAACCAUGUUAGAUAUUGACUUUGGAACUUAUCCCUUCGUAACUUCCUCUAGUCCAUCAGCCGGAGGAAUAUGCACAGGUCUUGGCAUCGCUCCUAGAGUUGUUGGUGAUCUUGUUGGUGUGGUCAAAGCAUACACUACAAGAGUUGGUUCAGGUCCAUUCCCAACAGAAAUUUUGGGUAAAGGUGGUGACCUACUUAGGUUUGCUGGACAGGAGUUUGGCACAACAACUGGUCGACCACGUCGUUGUGGCUGGCUUGAUAUAGUCGCACUGAAGUACUGCUGUCAAAUAAAUGGCUUCUCCUCACUUAACCUUACCAAACUUGAUGUCUUGUCAGAUCUUCCAGAAGUUCAGUUGGGCGUUUCAUACAAACAAAUUGAUGGAACACCAAUCCAAUCAUUCCCUGCAGAUCUUCGUGUUUUGGAGCAAAUCAAGGUGGGAUAUGAAGUUAUGCCCGGGUGGCAGUGUGAUAUUUCCUCCAUUAGAAAGUACUCUGAACUGCCAAAGGCUGCACGUCAGUAUGUUGAAAGGAUAGAAGAACUUGUUGGUGUACCCAUUCACUACAUUGGAACUGGACCUGGACGCGAUGCCCUUAUAUACAAAUGAAAAUCGGGCAUCUCUUGGCAUCUUGGUGCAAAUAUUCUCUAGGCAAUAAUUUAUGUUUUAUUUCCUGAGAACAGGAAACUCAAUUGGUGACCCAAAUUAGUGUAACAAUGUAUGUUGAUUUAGUCUCUGGAGGCUGAUUUUGAUUAUGAAUGCUAAUUUUAUUUUAUUGUUUUUGAAAAAUGUAUUGCAUUGGGCCUUCAAAGCAAAGCCCUGUAUGGAAUUCACAGGAGGAUUUUGGCAUCGUGCUAUCAGCUCUCAUGCUUUAGACAAGCCAGUUUAAAUGUUAUUCAAUUGUUUCUCGCCCCUGCACACAAUAAAUUCCGUUCAGAUUUGUCGAAGAAUAAAGCUUUUCCCA